CUCAGUUUCUAGGCAUCCCCAAGCCUGUUCAGCAUGUCUGGCCUAACUAGAACCGUUGAGAGUCAAUAAGGGAACUUGAUAGGCAGGAAGGGAAUCAGGGUCGAGACAAGAGACAAAUGUCACCCAAAAAAAUCUAAACGUCACUAAACUCAAGUCGGGUGGGGCCGCGCCGGCACUUCCUCUGUCUGUCUGCUACAGAUCAUCAACUCUGGGUCUUGCUUUAAGUUAAACUUCAACGCAUAUAACGACUUCAACGCCAUGAUUAUUUGAGACAAUCACUGCGGCAAUCUCGGCUUAACUCACCAACACAAAUAUUCACUCAUUAUUGGCCAUUAUCGCCCAGAAUGAGCUCCCGUGAAGGCCGUCCGGCCAAAGUACUCAGCUGUUCAAACUGUCGCACACGCAAAAUCAAAUGCGACAAGAUACAACCGUUAUGCGGUCAAUGUUCUCGCUUUGGCCUCGACUGUGUCUUUCCCUCAAGAAAACCAACAAGACGUGCUCCAAGGCCUCGCCAGAGUGAAUUACUCGACAGGAUCAGUCGUCUUGAGAGCAUCGUCAACCAGGCCGACCCCGCCAAACUGAAGCAAUUGGAUGAGGGGGACAUCCAGAGUCUCCGAGGCUCAACCUCACUUUCGGCAACGCUGGAUAACCGAUGUGAUGAGUCUCAAGCAGUAGCAGCGCAGGCUGCCAAUUUAGAGACUGGCGAACAGUAUCUCGGUUCGGGCUUUUGGGGAAACUUAUGUGCUGAGGUUGAGGGAAUUCGACAAGCGUUGAAUCAACCUUCUGAGGACAGUGACGAUGAAGAAGAGGGUGAAAGCCCGGAGUCAGUAGAUAUGGCAUCUACGGGUCCUUCGGGCUUCUUACUUGGAAACUCCGACUACACAUCGAGGCAACCGCUAAUACACCCUCCACCGAAUAUGAUGAUACGGCUCUGGACCAUUUACACCCGCAAUGUCGAUCCUCUCAUGAAGAUUCUGCAUCGACCAACCAUCAGCAAACAUUUCCAAGCCUACAUCGAGUCACCGACAACACACACAUUCACUCCCGAGAUCAACGCUGUCUUAUUUGCCAUCUACUUCUGUGCAGCUGUUUGCCUGACACCAGAAUCAUGUCUGAAGCAAUUGGGUGAAAAUAAAGAAAUUCUCACAAGACGAUACCGUGUUGCGGUGGAGCGGGCACUCGCCGAAGCGGACUAUCUCAGCACAACCAAGAUCGAGCCUCUGCAAGCCCUGACGCUCUAUACAAGCAUGAUGCGUGUUCAUUUACACGACCGGACAUCUUGGGUUCUCACAUCACUUAUUAUCCGAAUUGCCCAAGGACUCAACCUCCACCGCGAUGGUGAUGGUCACCGUUUCACACCAUUUGUCGCCGAGAUGAGGCGUCGUCUAUGGCAUUUCAUCGUUGUUCUCGACAUCCGCGGGUCAGAAGACCGCGGUUCUGAUGCAAUACUUACCCGGUCAGGUUUUGAUACAGCAGAGCCCACGCCUAUUGAUGAUGAUGAUUUUGGACCUGAUUCUAUAGGUCCCUUGAUACCCAAAACAACGCCUGCCGACAACGUUGUAUGUUUAUGUACUGCCAUGUGCUCAGGCAUCUUCGGCUUCAUAUCGCACCCGCAUUACAGCCCUCGAGGCGAACCGGAGCAUUUCUUAUAUACCGAAGAGGAGCUGAUUUCUCAUAUACGUCAAUUGGAAACCAACUUCAUCCACACUGCCAAACCUUCCCAUCUCCCCUCUAUUUACGCCUCCGAAAUUGCUCGCAUCGUCAUUCUAAAGCUUUGGCUUAAUAUUCAAUAUCCUUUCACCGGUGGACCAGCUCCCGACCGACCUCGAGUAUCAAAGGAGACCAUGUUGCGCACUGCGAUCUCGAUUAUUGAGCUGCGAGAGCGUAUGACAAAGAAUCAGUGGGAAGAUCGGUUUGCCUGGUGGACAGACACUUAUGUGCAAUGGCAUCCUCUCGCGGUUGCAUUAGCAGAACUCUGCGUGCAGACAGAGGGAGAGUUGGUAGACAAGGCCUGGGUGGUCGUGGAGAGAACAUUUCCAUCGUCACGAGAGCACAUUGCAGAUACAGCGAAAGGUUCACUUUGGCGACCUAUCAAAAAGCUGCUCAAGAAAGCGAGAGCGGCGAGAACUGAAGCGCUUCUCAAACGUAUGGAUUUUAACUCCAGCAUGAACCUGGACCCUGCAGCAGCUUUCAUACCCCCAGCUAUGAAUAAUAUGGCUCAACCAUUGCAGUAUGGUACAAACCAACAGAUGAAUAUUCCUUCAUCUGGGCCAGGCUUGGCAGCACAGUACGACACGAGCAGUAUGGAUCCCUCAAUACUGUUCGAUCCACCAGAAACAUUGAAUCUCGACUUUGGUAUGGGCUUGGAGCAAGGCGUGCCUAUGGAAUGGACAUAUUGGACAGAAUUUUUCAACGAUACACAGAUAGAAACAUCUCCAGGGAGCGGGACAGGCGAGUCGACAUGAUAGUUCACAAUCAAUAGUCUUUGUUACUUUUUAAAUCCCAAUCAAUUGUUUUCACACCAGGCAGCAUCCGCAUGCUCAGAAUUUUUGGUUCAUUCAAUGCCCGUUUUAUUGAGCAAAGUCAGUUGAUAUUUCCAUGAUCCGUUGUAACACCCGCAGAGCCCCAACCGUCCUCUAAACCGAAAUCAUUCUAAGCGAAAGUGG